CCGUGCACGGGCACGCCUAGAAGUGGAGUUGUAAACGAAGCGCGUGCACUUUUCAGCACCAGCACCUCGUGGAUAGCAGCCAAACGGAGCAGAGUUGUCUUUGUGAGCUAGCUCAGUCCAUUGUGACACACCGGAGACUUCUCGGUUUGCAGCGGUGCACAGCCGUUGCAGUCGCGGGAAAACUUCAUUGAUAGUUUUGCGUCGACACGAGGACGAAACAAAGAGGCACAGACUGAGCUUUGUUUGCCCCGGCAGCGGGCAAAUAGUGCCGACAACUGCACCACGGUGGAAAGGAAGAAGUUUCUUCGCGGAAACACUCCGUUAUUUUUGGUUCGCUUUUGUCGAUUUUGCGCGGUCUGGUUUUAUCCAAACGUGCCCGGAAACACUACAUGGCUGCAAAUGAAGAGGAUUAAAGAAGAUAAUUCAUCUUAGCCGGCUUUGUCCAGACGACGGCUGAACCGCGGUCCUCUUUUCAGCCACAUCACUGCCUGCUUCUGCCGCUAGCCGCUAAGGUCUCCAUUGUGUGAGCAUCUCUGUGCUAACCGCAUCACAGCCGACCGACCCCCCGGUCUACUCGGUGUGACGAGCCGCCUCAAACAACAGCCGGAUCUUUUUUUAAAUCAACUUCUUGAUUCCACCAACACACAAUGUGUUCAAGAGUUUGGUUCGUGACCGACCGGCGUAUCAGCCAGGAGUAUCCUCAAGUCCAGAUCCUCCGCGCACUAAAGGAGCGCUGUGCCGACGAGGAUGUUGAAUUCCGCUCGCUUCUCAUGGAUCAAAUCGUGCUCACGAUCAGCGAGGGACAAUUAGGUCUGCGAGUUGAUCAGGAAUUGGUAACCUCUUACCCACAAGUGGUGGUAGUACGGGUUCCCACACCCUGGGUGCAGUCAGACAGUGACAUCACUGUGCUUCGCCACCUUGAAAAGAUGGGCUGUCGGCUGAUCAACAGACCCCAGGCCAUACUCAACUGUGUCAACAAGUUCUGGACCUUCCAGGAGCUGGCCGGCCACGGCGUGCCUCUUCCUGACACUUUCUCUUACGGAGGACAUGACAACUUCCGUAAAAUGAUUGACGAGGCGGAGCCGCUAGGCUACCCUGUGGUGGUGAAGAAUGCACGUGGCCACAGAGGCAAGGCUGUGUUCCUGGCCCGGGACAAACACCACCUGACAGACCUGUGCCACUUGAUCCGCCAUGACACCCCUUACCUGUUUCAGGAGUAUGUCAAAGAGUCACAUGGCCGGGAUGUGCGGGUUGUUCUGGUUGGUGGCCGCGUCAUAGGCUCAAUGCUACGCUGCUCCACUGAUGGCCGUAUGCAGAGCAACUGCUCUCUCGGUGGAGUAGGUAUGAUGUGCCCACUGAGCGAGCAGGGCAAGCAGCUUGCCAUAGAAGUGUCCAACAUCCUCGGCAUGGAUGUGUGUGGCAUUGACCUCCUGCAGCUCAAUGAUGGCUCAUUUGUGGUUUGCGAGGCGAAUGCCAAUGUGGGCUUCAUCGCCUUUGACCAAGCCUGUGGCAUGGAUGUGGCGGGCAUCGUCGCAGACUUUGCCCUCUCAAUGCUCCCCAGCCGCCUGACCCGUAAGAUGUCCCUGCUGUCUGUUGUUUCGAGCACCAGCGAGACCAGUAGCGAGCACGAGGUGUGUUCUGUGCCCAGUGGUGGAGGCUCCCUACCUGAGGCCGUCUGCAACAUGAGUGUGGGUUCUACUUCCAGCGAGAGUGACCCGGAGCUGACCGAGCCCUCCCAGUCCUCGCCCCGCCAGUCCACUGCCCCAACCUUGCCUAAUCUCUCUGACCUUCCUGAUCCAGCCUACAACUUCAACACCCUCCUCGCCAACGAGAUCAAGUUAUUGACUGAAUGAUAUUAUGCAUCUUAAUUACACACAAAACAACACAGAUACACAACACAUACACACUCCCUGUACGCAUGAUAACAAACAUUCCUUUGAAAAACGCAUAUCAGUACAAACUUUUAAAUCAUAGGAAGUUAAAUGGAAAUCAAGAGCAGAGAAACACACAGCCACAGAGGUAUAAACAUAAACAUUCCCCUACUUACUAAUUAGAAAUUAAAAGAUCUGAGGCUGCUCCCCUGAUUCUCCUCGCUUUGCAUGUCUUUUUCGAAAACUGCAAACCACACCAUCUAAACAUAGCUUACACUUCAGCAUGGUGCCAAGUGUUAGAAUACACUAAAUAAGAACACUGCCAAACAGCCUCGCUUUUAGGUGUGGGUGUGGGAUUCCCAUAAAGGCUACAACCUGCCAUAUUUUUACCCUUUUAACAUGCAUACAUAAUUUAAAAAAAACUAAUGCAUCCAGUAAAAAAGAGGUUUUCCUGCUGAGACUACAGCUACGUUUGGUGGUUGAUGAGAGGCAAGAUGAAGUGUUGCUGUUUUUUCUAGAUAAAGUUGUUUGGAUUGGAAAACAAAACACCCUUGCGCCAAGCACACUACACUGUCAGUUCCAAUGUAGAAAUUAAGUGCACCUGUCAUGCCUGUCAUAUGUUGUGAUCUCAAUGAAACAGAUUGUGAAUUUGUGGGGCUACAACUUCACUAAUAAAAUGCACAUUGGCUUGAUUGAGCUGAUUUGAAGUUGCUAGAGCUGA